GAUUGAUCAUGAGACAACAACCAUACGAAUAACACACGGACCGUGAACAGUUCUGUCGUUCGAAUCAAGAUGAUGGUGACCGCGAAAAUGCCAAACGGGCUGUUACUCCUCGCCACCGCUUGGCUGCUGCUGAUCGUUCCCUCAGGUGUGUCGAGCACGGGACAACGUUACACCACUAGCCCUGCCCAGGAUCUGGAUAACACGUUGCAAUCAGUGCCGCCUCUUGGGCCGAACGUGUGCAGGUCAAGAUACAAGAAUUACUGUUGCCCUGGCUGGACGAAGAAGCCGGAGACCGGUCUCUGCGUAAUUCCCGUAUGUACGAGAAGAUGUGGUCCAUUGGGCAGAUGCAUAAGGCCGAAUAUUUGUUUGUGCGAGGGUGGCACAGUCGCCUCUUCUUGCAGCAGCAGUCAAACCAAAGUUUCUACACACGAAAGUGGUAACGCUGUGGAAAGAGGCGAAUCGAGCAGAUGCAGAGCGCAUUGCGUGAACGGUAACUGUGCCGAAGGCAGAUGCCAAUGUCGCGGCGGUUAUCAGGGCGAAUUCUGCAACGAACCCAUUUGUCGAGAGCCAUGCUUGAACCAAGGAAGAUGCAUCGGUCCGGAUCGUUGUGCCUGCAUCUACGGCUACACAGGCAGACGAUGCGAAACAGAUUACAGAACUGGGCCAUGCUACACGAAAGUGAAAAAUGGACAGUGCCUGGCGAAUCUACAGGGUGUCGUAUGCACACGGCAGUUGUGCUGCGCCACUGUCGGCAAAGGUUGGGGCCAUCCUUGCGAAAGAUGUCCUGCUAGACUGGACUGCGAGUUGGGACACUUGAAGACCAACCAAGGGCAAUGCGUCGACAUCAACGAGUGCGAGGCGAUACCAGGACUGUGCGAGGGUGGAAAGUGUUUGAAUACACCUGGCUCUUUCACCUGCGAGUGUCCAGAUGGACAGGCCAGAGAUCCGGAAACAAACGCUUGCAAGGAUAGAGACGAAUGUCAGGAGGAAGGAAUCUGCGUGGAUGGACGAUGCGUGAACACGAACGGUGGCUACUAUUGUCUCUGUAAUCCUGGAUUCAUUCAGAGUCAAGAUCGAAGAUUUUGUAUCGAUGGAAGACAAGGACUGUGCUACACGUCGGUGAACAGAAAUGGCCAAUGCAAAAAUCGAUUGGCAAUGAGACUGAGCAAGAAGGACUGCUGUUGUGGCAAGAACAUGGGUCGCGGCUGGGGUGACGAGUGCUACAUUUGUCCUAAUUACGGAAGUGACGAUUACAACAGGCUUUGCUUGCAACAACUGCAGCCGAUCACCGCGAUAAACGAGUGCGCGUUGCGGCCGGACAUUUGCGGAAACGGGAAGUGCAUCGACACGAAGGACGGCUACGAGUGCGAUUGUUAUCCAGGAUUCACGAAGAAGGCCGGCAGAUGCGAGGACGUAGACGAGUGCCUGUUGGGAUACUGCCACGGUGGAACAUGUCAGAAUUACGAGGGAAGCUUCACGUGCCACUGUCCUCCGGGUUUUGUCGUUUCCGGCGAAGGCAGAUAUUGCACGGAUCACGAUGAAUGCCAGGAUACAGGAAUGUGUAACAAUGGACACUGUAUCAACAUGAAUGGAUCAUUCAAGUGCCAGUGCAACGAUGGUUACGUCUUAUCUCCCACAAGAAACACUUGUAUCGAUAUCAACGAAUGCGCUGAUAAUCCAAGAAUCUGUCUAAAUGGUCGAUGUGAAAAUACACCAGGAUCCUAUCACUGUAUCUGCCAAUCUGGAUUCACACCUUCGCGAGAUAACACAUUCUGCGUGGAUAUGGACGAGUGUUCCACGAGUGGAAUGUGCGAGAAUGGGAAAUGCGUGAACAUGGAGGGUUCGUUCAAGUGUGUCUGCGACUCUGGCUUCCGGAUUGGACCGGAUCAAAGUCACUGUAUCGACAUCGACGAGUGCCUGAGUAGACCAUGCCAGAAUGGUCGUUGCAUUAACACUCCCGGUAGCUUCCGGUGCGAGUGUCAUCCUGGAUUCAAUUUAGGUCCAGAUGGAAGAUCUUGCUUAGAUACCAGGAGGGACUUAUGCUACUCUCAGUAUCGAGAUGGACAGUGUUCCAACCCUACGUCAACAGCAGUAACAAAAUCAAGUUGCUGCUGUUGCACCGUGAUAUUAGGACAACCUAUGGGCUGGGGAAGUACCUGUCAACCUUGUCCACUUCCUAGCAGCAGCGAAUUCGACGCGUUGUGUCCGCAUGGCGCCGGAAUGACUUACAAUGGAGAUGAUAUCAACGAGUGCGCACAGAAUCCGAACAUUUGCGUAAACGGCGGCUGCGAGAAUCUGAUGGGGACUUAUCGAUGCAUCUGCGACAGCGGCUACGAAGUGGACGCGUCAGGGAAGAUAUGCACGGACAUAAACGAGUGUGCAUUGGAGGAUUCAUUGUGCAGCGGUGGCCAGUGUCGAAACACUCCUGGAAGCUUCCAGUGUGUUUGUCCAAGCGGCACGCGAUUCAACACGCAGAAUCACAUGUGUGAGGACAUCGACGAAUGCGAGGAGUUAGGGCCAGAUAUCUGUCUGAACGGGAUAUGCGUGAACACUCCGGGCUCAUACGGGUGCGAGUGCUCCCCUGGAUACGUUCUGGACCACACUGGCCAUAUAUGCAUGGACAAUAGGAGGGGUUCCUGUUGGACCAAGAUGAUAGACGGUCGAUGUGAAUACAAUCUACCCAGAUUGGCGCUCAAGUCAGAGUGCUGUUGUUCGGUAGGAGUUGCUUGGGGCAGUCCUUGCGAAAUCUGUGACCAUUCGAUCUGCGAAUGUUCCAAGGGAUACGCGAAAUUCGGCGGAAAAGAGUGUGUGGAUGUAAACGAAUGCGAAUUGAACAGUGGUAUCUGCAAGGGCGGUGGCACUUGCGUGAACACCGACGGAUCAUAUCGUUGCGAGUGUCCUCCUGGCUUGACUCUAGACGCAACACACACCACGUGCAUAGACACUAGACAAGAGACCUGCUUCUUGGAUCAUCGUCACGGGCAAUGCUCGAAUCCGAUAGAAGGCCAAUUUUCCAAGGCUCUCUGCUGUUGUUCCGUGGGUCGAGCAUGGGGCACGGAGAGAUGCGAAUCCUGUCCAAAGCCAGGCACCCACACGCACCAAGAAUUGUGUCCCAGGGGAGACGGUUUCACGGACAAACAGGACAUCAACGAAUGCAUCGAGUUUCCUGGAAUGUGCCUCAACGGAAGAUGCAAGAACACGAUUGGAAGCUUCGGUUGCAAGUGCAAUCAAGGCUUCGCGUUGGACGAACACGGGAUCAAGUGUAACGACAUCGAUGAAUGCGAGAUCAUGCACGGAGUGUGCGGGAACGGAACCUGCAGAAACACGCCUGGCAACUUUCAGUGUGACUGCAGUCCCGGGUAUCGCAGCAGCGAUAUCAUGAAAAUUUGCAUGGACAUAAACGAGUGCAAAGAAACGCCAGGACUCUGCCGCGGAGGCACCUGUAUCAACACAGAGGGCAGCUUCAAGUGUCAAUGCCCGCCUGGACACGAGUUAGGCCCUGACAAGCAGUCCUGCAAGGAUAUUGACGAGUGCUCGAGAACCAGCGGGAUCUGCUCGAACGGUGUCUGCGAGAACAUGAUGGGCACUUAUCAGUGCAUAUGCGACGAUGGUUAUCAGCAAACUGGAUUGAAGUCCCACUGCGAGGAUAUAAACGAGUGCGCCAGCAACAACGGCGGCUGCGAGGAUAUCUGUCUGAACACGCCUGGCAGUUUUUCUUGCUCGUGCAGCACCGGAUUCGCGUUGAAUCUGGACGGUCGAUCUUGCGUGGACGUGGACGAGUGCAAAGAGAAUCCUCGAAUCUGUAACGGUGGGAAAUGCAGCAAUAUUGCUGGUGGAUAUAUAUGCACUUGCACCGAUGGGCUAGCACCUGGGAAGGACGGUGUAUCUUGCAUAGAUAUCGACGAGUGCACCACGCAGCCUCACAUUUGCGGUUACGGUGAAUGUUACAACACUAUUGGUUCCUAUAACUGUCGUUGCGAGGAAGGAUACUCCGUGAAACCGGAACAGGGUCCAGGAUGCACAGACGACGACGAGUGUCUGUUAAAUGCAUAUUCUUGCAGCGAAUUCGCCGAAUGUCAGAAUACUCAGGGCUCUUACGAGUGUACCUGUCACGAAGGCUUCGUAGGUAACGGAGUCGAGUGCAGGGACAUUAACGAGUGUUUGACGAACAACGGAGGAUGUGAUUCUAACGCACAGUGCAUUAAUACCGAAGGAUCAUUCAAGUGUGUCUGUGACGCUGGAUUCAGAGGCGAUGGCUACAAUUGCAAAGAUAUCGACGAAUGCGCGAACGACAAUACUCUCUGCGAGAAUGGACACUGUUUGAAUUAUCCUGGGUCGUUUCGAUGCGAAUGUGAGAUGGGUUUCAUGCAUCCCGAUGAAAAUAACGACCAGACUUGCGUGGAUAUAAACGAGUGCGAGAUGUUCAGUAAUUUGUGUGUCUUUGGACGUUGUGAGAAUAUAUUCGGUAUGUUCCGUUGCGAAUGUAACGAGGGCUAUAAAUUGGACGGUUCUGGAGGGAAUUGUACAGAUAUCGACGAAUGCGAGAAUCCACAAUCUUGUCAGUAUGGUACUUGCAUUAAUACUCAGGGAAAAUACGUAUGCAAAUGUCCUCCUCAUUAUGAAUUGGUCGAAGCUGGAAACGCCUGCGUUGAUAGGCGAGAAUCAUUCUGUUUCACGGGUUUCGAGCACGGUACCGGAAAACCACAGUGCAUCUUCGACAUGUCCUCCUCAGUCACGAAAGCGACGUGUUGCUGCAGCAUUGGCAACGCUUGGGGCAACAACUGCGAAGAGUGUCCUCAGGUUGGGACCAAAGAAUUCGAGGAAUUGUGUCCAGCUGGUCCUGGAUACAGACCUAAUCAGGUCACCGUAAUUUUGGAAGACAUUAACGAGUGUGAAGAACAUGAGAAUAUUUGUCAGAACGGACACUGCACUAACACGUUUGGUAGCUUCAUGUGCUCUUGCAAUGAAGGUUUCAUUUUGGACGAUACUAAAACCAGUUGUAUAGACAUAGACGAGUGUGCCUUGCAUCCAAAAAUAUGUGGAGUGGGAUACUGUAUUAAUGAUCAGGGCAAAUAUCAUUGCGAGUGUCCAGAAGGAUACAUGGCGAUGCCUGGAGGAAAGGAGUGUGUCGACAUGAGAAAAGAAUCGUGCUACGUCAACUACGAAGAUGGUCAAUGUUUCAAUCCCAUGAUGCAUACACAGACGAAAAUGUUGUGUUGCUGUUCUAUGGGAGCUGCAUGGGGUAGUCCUUGUGAAAAAUGUCCCGCUGAGAGGACUCGCGAACAUGAGAUCCUGUGUGGCAUGGUACCUGGUCAAAUAGUGAACCCAAUAACUAAUCACUCGGAAGAGAUCGACGAAUGCGCCCUUAUGCCAACGAUGUGCACUCACGGGCGUUGCAUGAACACUCCAGGAAGUUUCGAGUGCCAGUGCGAUCGAGGAUACGAGUACGAUCAGGAUUCUCAUCAGUGUAUCGAUGAGAAUGAGUGUCAGCAGAUCCCGAAUCCCUGCAGCGGUAACGCACAGUGCAUCAACAAGCAAGGCUACUUCGAAUGCGUGUGUCCAGCCGGAUACAAGCUGGGCCUUAGCCAACGAGACUGCGUCGACAUUGACGAGUGUUACGAACGACCUGGAAUUUGCAGUAGUGGCGCCUGCAACAACUUGCAAGGCAGCUUUCAAUGCAUUUGCCAUCCUGGUUUCGCGUUGACACGAGACAGGGACAACUGCGUGGACAUUGACGAGUGUCAGCGCAAUCCGAACAUUUGCAACAAUGGAACCUGCGUGAAUACGCUUGGAUCGUACAAGUGCACCUGCUAUCAGGGAUUCAAGCUCAGUCCUAACAACGACUGCGCUGAUAUCGACGAGUGUCGAAUAAUGCCGUUCCUCUGUCGCAAUGGAAGAUGUCGAAACACUAUUGGUGCGUUUAUUUGCGAGUGUGCCGAUGGCUACGUCUUGGCUCAAGAUGGCCAGCACUGUAGAGACAUCGACGAGUGUCACGAGAUUCCUGGAUUAUGUCCGUCGCCAGGAAAAUGUCAGAAUUUAAUGGGAUCUUACAUAUGCAACUGUCCUCCUGGUUACGAAUUGGAUCAUACGAAGAAGAAGUGUGUGGACGUGGACGAAUGUGUGGAGACACAAGGAAUCUGUGAAAACGGUCGCUGCAUCAAUACAGACGGAGGAGUGAUCUGCGAGUGUCCAGUUGGCUACAGAUUAAGCGACAAUCUGAAUUCAAUGCGCUGUGUCGACGUCAGGGAGGAACUGUGCUACGAUAGAUACAUCAGACACGUAGGAGGACGAUGUUCGCUUCCUCGAACGGGUGGCAUGACGAAGAAGCAUUGUUGCUGCACGAUGGGGAAGGCUUGGGGCAAAUACUGUGAACAGUGCCCUCCGGAAGACAGCGAGGACUUCAGAAGAUUGUGUCCCGAGGGCCCAGGCAGAGACGACACAGGGAUCGACUUAAACGAGUGCCUCUUCAUGCAAGACGCUUGUGUUGAAGGCGAGUGCAUAAACACCGAUGGCUCCUUCCGGUGCGAGUGUCCAUCUGGAUACGUUCUGGACGCAACUGGCAGACGUUGCAUCGACAAUAACGAGUGCUUAAACCAGCAGAACAUAUGUGGCAACGGGACGUGCACGAAUAUCAAAGGUGGCUUUGAAUGCUACUGCAACGAAGGAUUCACCCCUGGAGUGAACCAGAUCUGCGAGGAUGUGAACGAGUGCCUGGAGAUUGGCAACCAGUGCGCCUUCAGGUGCCACAAUGCACCUGGCACCUUCAGAUGCAUUUGCCCUUACGGAUACACUUUGGCUCCGGAUGGAAGGCAUUGUAUAGACGUGGACGAGUGUGCAACACCAGCGAAUAAUUGCAAGUACCAAUGCAAGAACCUCAUUGGUUCUUUCAUGUGCAUCUGUCCACCUGGAUAUCAGCAAAUUGGCAUGAUUGACGAGUGCAAGGAUAUCGACGAAUGUGCGAUUAAUUCGGGUCUAUGUCGAAAUGGUCAAUGCGUCAAUAUGGAAGGAAGUUAUCAGUGUCUUUGCUACGAUGGUUUCGAGCAGAGUCCUGAUGGAAAGUCUUGCAUAGAUCGUAGAAUGGGUUAUUGCUUCUUGCAAAUAAUUGGCGGCAGAUGCACCGCAAGGACCUCCGACUUGAAAACAGUGACGAAAGCAGAUUGCUGUUGCACAAUGGGCGCAGCUUGGGGACCACACUGCGAGAUCUGUCCUUCGAAGGACUCUGAAAAUUAUAACGAGCUCUGCUUGGACAAAGGCUUUACCAUUGACGGCCAAGAUAUUGACGAAUGCAGAACGAUUCCUGAUUUAUGCAAGAAUGGAUUGUGCAUCAAUACACUUGGCUCCUACAGAUGUGUUUGUAACAAGGGAUACAAGCCUGACAGAAUUGGAACUCAAUGCGUUGAUAUAAACGAGUGCGAAGUGACACCGAAACCAUGCAAGUACAGCUGCCAGAACACAGAAGGAAGUUUCAUCUGUUCGUGUCCUGUUGGCUUUAUCUUGAAUCCUGACGGCAUCAGUUGCAGAGAUCUGGACGAAUGUGCGACUGGAAAUCAUCUUUGUCAACAGAAUUGCAUCAAUACUCAAGGAAGCUAUACUUGCGGUUGUCAAGAGGGUUACACGCAAGAUGGAGAUGCUUGUCACGACAUAAACGAGUGUGACCAGCCUGGAACCUGCCCCAAACCAGGCACUUGCAUCAAUACUCUUGGCAGCUUCCGGUGUAUCUGUCCGAGAGGAUUCAAGCUCGAUCAGUCUGGCAGAUUUUGCGUCGAUCAGAACGAGUGUGCCGAUGACGCGACUUGUGAACACGGUUGUCAAAACUUCAUGGGAAGCUAUCGUUGCGGAUGUCCAGAAGGAUUCGUUCAACACCUUUAUUACAAUCAGUGCAUCGACGAAAAUGAAUGCAGCACUUCUCCAUGCGGAGAUAACACUUGUAUCAACACCAUUGGUAGCUACAAAUGUGGCUGUCCAGAUGGCUAUCAGUUCGACAGUAACUUGCAGAUUUGUGUUCAGGUCAGCGCUGGGUGCAUGGGAAGUCCUUGCGCAUUCGGUUGCACACCUAACGGAGCAAACGGUUUCAUUUGUGGAUGUCCCACUGGUUAUCAGAGAAUUGGACAGGGUCAUUGUCUAUCGACCAUAAAUCCGUUGUCUCAAGGACACUACGGCGAGGACAUCAGCAACGCACCUACUUACGUGAUCAAUCCAGAUCCUUAUCACAUACCACCAGCAGACGAUAAGACUAUAUCGACAGAAGGUUGCUUCUCUUGCAAGGUUAAUGGUAAAGGAGGUAUAAGAAUAAAAUCGACGGACGAGGAACUGAGUGCACGAAGGACAGAAAUUAUAAAGAGACGAUUUGUCAGAUCAGCGAAGAGGCAUCAUCAUGGCGAAGAACAUGUUCUUAAGAUCAGUCUGCGACAGACCAGACACCGAAUGAGAAUCAUUAAAUUACAACCUGCUCUCAAGGACAAAGACAUGGAAUACACGAUAGUGAAAGGGAACAACGGGAACGACUUCGAGAUCGUGAACGAACACGGUAUUUCGGCUCUUCAUUUCCGCAGUCGACUGAAGGAACCCGGUCAAUUCCGGCUGGUGAUACACGGACGCACGAGAAACGGUAUCAGCGAGGAGAACCAAGUGUGGGAGAGGCCUCUAACAUUCAGAGUGCAUUUAAUAGUGACGGAGUAA